AUCAGAUCUUGUGGAUAUAAUUGUAGCAUUGAUUGCGUUUUGGAAGAAAAAUGAUCAUGAAGCAAUUUCGGGGAAGCAAUGCACAUCCAGAUAUGGAGAGAAGGGGGUUCGUUACUAAAAAGGAGAGUUAAGAAGGCAAUUAUUCACACCCUGCAGCAAUUUCAGCUUUUCACGGCUGUGGUAUCAUAGCAACAGCAUCGAUUCAGGGUAAUGUCAGUUAUCACCAUCACCUUUGCUUUCCAGCACCAUUCAAACCAUUACAAACUCAACACACAGACCUUUUGACAGCAGCUUCGGGAGAAACAACGUGAGCACGCCAAAAAAAAAAAAAAAGGCAAGGCAUCUUCUGUACAGAAGAACCAAACAUUUGGGAAAUGCAAGUCUUUAAAGGAAAACUACUUGUAGCGCUGGUUCUUGCCCAGAUAUUGGAUACCAGUUUUGUUAUUAGCCCAAGCCUAAACCCUUUGUCAUUGGAAUUACAGAGGGGGGGAAAGCAGACCAAAGAGUUUUCGUUAGCUUGAGAUGCCCACGUUGGAAGAAAGAAACUUUCUCCCGAUAACGAAUGCUAUUGGAAUACCUUGUUUUCUCUCAACGUGGAGUUUCCCCGAGUCUUCCUUGGAUGAGUGAUUGGUUUCCCAUCAAACACUGAUCAUGAUAGCAACUGGAGGUCUGCUUCGGAUUUCAUCUAGACGACAAGAUUCCCUGCGAUCCAAAAGCCGAACGCAAAACAAACAGCGCAAAAGGAAAGCCAAAAAGAAGAGAAAGAGUGAUGUUGUGAUUGUAAAAGGCAAAUUGAAGCUGUGCUCUAUCUCUGGAUUGAUUGCUGCAUUUGGAAUAUUAGUGCUGCUUGUGGGAAUUGCCAUGGCUGUCAUGGGAUACUGGCCUGAAAACAAUCAGAUCUACAAAGACAACUUUAUAGACUCUAAACGUUUCCCAAACAACAGAAGGAUCUACGAUAACAAAUUGUUUGCGUCGACCAAUUGGACAAGGAGCAGCCAUGUUGUCUACCAAAUUGAUCUAGACUUGUCAAAAAACAAUCACAGUAAUAGCACUGAAAUACAGACCUCCUUUUCCCUCUCCCUGAGUUUCUUCUCUGAAUUUCUUGCCAGCUACUUACAUUCAGACAAACUAAAAGUGUUUGGACCGUUGAUAAUGGGCAUUGGGAUAUUCCUCUUUAUUUGUGCCAAUGCAGUGCUUCAUGAAAACCGAGACAAAAAGACAAAGAUUAUCAAUCUAAGAGACAUUUAUUCAACAGUAAUAGAUAUUCACAGUUUAAGGUCCAAAGAAUGCACACCUCUUAAUGGUUUUGUCAAUUAUGUGCAGUCAAGGAAUGUGGAUAUGAAAUCCAGUAGGUCUUACAGCACUGCCAUGUUAGUCACAAGUUCAUGGCCUUCAGCUGCUGGAGGGACAGUCAAACCACAAGAGCAGGGAGGUAGUAUUGAAGCAAUGAGGCGUCAAUCCUUAGCCAGUCAACAGAGUCUUUCUAAAGAAAGGCAAAGUUUUACAGACACAGUCUACAGCAUUUACAGAGACCAGUCCAAGGCUCCCGAAAGGGUUCCCAUACCAAAAAAGUGGGAGACUAAAUCUAUUGUCACUUCUUCCAUUAAUGCUUUUACUCCUCCAGUUAUCAAACUAAAUAACUGUGUUCUUGACGAAAACAGUGCGAAACAAGCAGAGAGUGGUGUCAAAGAGGUCCCAGCAUCUAAAAGCAAAACAGUUCCACGUGACUUAGAAAUGGUGAACCCUGAUCCGAUCAAGAGUGACCACAUUGAAACAAAAGAGGAGACUUCAAAAACAGGCCUGUUCACCUGCAAAGAUGUAUCACCAGUUCAUCAGAGCACAGGCAGCUUGCUGGGAGCAUCGCGGUCAUCUCCACUAGGAUCACAGGUCCAGUUGCUUCCUCCAAGUCCAAGUAAGAUAGAAAUGGGUUUGAGUGUUUCCCUUGGUGCUCUCUCAACUUACUCAAAAACUACAGAUCUUGGAGACUGUCCAUCAACAGCUGAUAUAGAAGGGGAUACGAAUAGACACCUCAGCUGCCCCCUCUUGGAACGUUCAAACAGUAAGGGCUACUUAAAACCUGUAGGAGUAGAAUCCUUUGAGUCUUCUGAGGUAACAGUAAGAAGUGAAGACCGUAAAGAAACUUCAGACUGCAUUGUCCAAGAUGCACAGGAAAACACUGACAAAACAGAAAGAGGGAUUCAGAGGCAAUACACAAAUAGGGAAAAACUUCUUAUGAUUUCCAAGUCUAAUGCAACUGUAACGAUUGAAGAUGAAGAACUUGAAAGCACUGGUAUUUAAAGUAUCUCCAGUUAUUUUUUAUUGAAAUUGACAGUCGAUUAACUAGCAGUUAAGUCAUUAUCCAAAGAAUCAAAGAAUGUUGCAUUUAUGUUUACCAUUUACUAUAGAUGACACCAAGCAAACAAAAACAAACAAAAAAAAAACUAAUGUUGUAAUGUUGAGUUGUGAUGGUACGCUUCUUACAAAAUGAACAGUGUGUAUAACCGUAACGAUUAAUUACGAUGUGGUUGUUCCAUGUAAUGAUUUAGUUUGUCUUUUUAAGAAGGUAGUCUAUUUAGGGGCUGCAUUCCUCACAAAACAUGUUUUUUAAGUUUAUUUCAGUGUAACGCUAUGAGGUUUUAUUUUUUUCUUUAAUCAUUGUUAAACGUUUGCUACCAAACUCAGCAAUAUUAUCCGACUGCUAGCUAAAAAAAUACGUUGUUUGUAUUUUUGUCUUAUUGAAAAUAUAACAAGAACUCUUUGAUUCUUAAAAUGUAUACUUACAUGUCCAUUUAGUUUUCAAGUGCAAGUAGCUUCAAAUUAUAGAUGUAUUUAUUAAUGUAUUUAUUUAUUUACCUCUUGUCUGUUUAUGGUGUGUGGAAUCACUCUGUAAUGAAUUGACUGUUACAGUAGGGGUGCACAAGACUGUCUCCAUGGCUACCACUAAACAUGUCUAAAGUAUUAUAAAUUAAAACAACACUGUAGAGAACUGAGCAAAACAGUUGAUCUUUACAUGCUGCUGAUGGCAGUGGAUGCAGAUGUAAGAACAUAAGAAAAUGUACUAAUGAGAGGAGGCCAUUUCUCAAGUUCUAAUAGUUUUACUGAUAUUUUCUAAACUCUUUUGAAAUUGCUAACUCAGGCCCAUGUGCCAAACUUUACCUUUUGUCCUGUGACCUGCCAUGUGGUGCUGUAAAAAUGUGUUCUUGUUUUUCUUUUUGUCGAUGUUAUUAAUAGAUACUAUCAUUACAUUAAACUUUAAUUUAAAAUAAAGAAAGUACUGAGUAUAGCGAUAUUGGAAACUUGCGUUAUUAUACUUUGUGACAAAUCUAUGAAGUAGCUUUCAAUAUUAUUUGAAAUCAUAUAAUUUGAUAACCUUUAAUUGUGAUUUUCAUGGAAUCAGGAAGUACUCAAAAGGAGCCAGAAAGUCUGUGCUAGAUAUGAGGGAUGCAGAGAUGUUGAUACGUGCAUUUAAAACUUCUUGCCUUGAUUAUUGCAGUUCUUUGUUUGUUGAUAUGCUUGCCACUAAACUUAGAAGGCUUCAGCUUGUCCAGAACACAGCAGCCAGACUGCUUUCUCACACUCAUCAUUCUCAACGUAUUACUUCAGUGCUUAGGUCCUUAUAUUGAUUGCUAGUGAGCUACCAAAUUAAUUUUAAAGUUGCUGUAAUAACUUGUAAGGUCAUUCAUGGACUAGAGCCAUCCUGUCUCCAAGAACUACUAAUUCUGUAUAUUCGUAUUCGUUCUUAAAUCGUCUUAAAUCAAAUGGAGCCAAAACUUUUUGCUGUUGUGUAACUCGGUGGUGGAACCCUAUUCCAGUUACCAUAAGGCAGGUUGAACAUUGGAUUCUUUUAAGCCUAAAUUGAAAACAUACCUUUUUGAAUGUGAUUUUAUAUCAUUUGUUGUAACUGGAGUGCAUUGUGUAUAUAUACUGUAUAUAUGAGCUAUCUUGUUUUGUGUUUAGCUGUGUACAGGUCUCUAGGUGCAAUGACGUGAAGGGCGCUAUAUAAAAUACAUUUGUAUUGUAUUGUAAAAACUAGGAUUCAAAUAAGGCUCAAAUAAUACCAGGUGAAUGCUGAUACAAAGAAAAGCUAUUACUAUUCCACAGUACAUUGGGGUAACAUACAUUUGAAGCUACUUGCAACGUACCAUAUCAUUGAUGUGGUAAACUUACUUUCUAAUCACC